AAGCAGAAUGAGGGCCCCUGGGAUCUCCAUGCUCCUGUCUUGGGUAGCAACCCUGGGCCAGCUGACCUCCUCAGGGGCCCACAAAGGCCGAAUUGUGGGAGGGCAAGAAGCAAAACCCCACUCCUACCCAUUUAUGGUCUCCAUCCAGUACCACGGUGAGCACCUCUGCGGGGGGUCCCUGAUCCGGCCCCAGUGGGUGCUCACAGCUGCCCACUGUGAGGUCUCCAAGGAGCCCACUGCCUUCCAGAUAGUCCUGGGUGUCCACUCCCUGAUUACUCCAGAGUCAACCCAGCAGGUAUUUGGGAUCCUUCGGGCAGUCCCUUACCCACUCUUCAAUUCCCCGGCUGACCUCAACGACAUACAGCUGCUCAAGCUCAAUGGCAGCGCUUUGCUGACCGCCUCGGUGAAGACGGCGCGCCUUCCCGGGUGGAACACCUUAGUCCUCCCGGGCACUCGGUGCUGGAUCUGCGGCUGGGGAGAUAUCCCCGGCCAGGAGGACCCCCCCACCGUCCUCAUGGAGGCGCCGGUAGUGGUCACGGCCCGGCAGGCCUGCAACAGCUCCUGGAGGGGGAGCAUCAACCAGGACAUGGUCUGCACCUCGGGCGCUGAGAAGGGCCGGCUCCAGGGCUUCUGCGGGGGGGACUCUGGGGGACCGCUCGUCUGCCACGGGAAGCUUCUAGGCGUCGUGUCCUUCUCAUCCAGAACCUGUGGGGAUCCCCGCUACCCUGAUGUCUACACCCGCGUCUCCACCUUCAUGGCCUGGAUCCAUGAUGUGCUGCAGCAUUAUUGACCUUACUGGCAGCGCGCAACACUCACAAAGGCAGGACUUCGGGGCCCCCAGUGUCUACUCGGUCCAGCCUCUUCCCCCUGCAAUCUCACAUGGGGAAAACCCAGUCCAAGACAGAGGAAGGGAUCUUCCACUGGACCGGUGGUGGGGUCUCAACUGGGCUUUCCUGGUUUAGAAGAGGAAUUGAAUUUUGAAUAAAAACUCUUUCUCAAUCUCA